ACACGAUGAACACAAAGCUCGUUGGCGUAUUAGUAGAACAGAGACAAAAUAUCGAACAGCAGAUGAAAGGCUACAAGUUUUCACGCGAAGCUCAACGUAAGGCGGUGUCGUGAGCAGCCACCCGGGGACCUUCUACCACUACGAGCCUCUUCACGACUUCGGCGUCAAGCAGAUCCGCCACGGGGAGGAGGCGGCCCAGGCGGUGCGGAACCUGAGGCACCUUCUCGACUGCGAAUACGGCGAAAUGGAGCACUUGAUCGAACACGGCCGUUCCUUCAAGUGUGUGUUCAACCAAAACAAAGCCCUGUGGAGUCAGUGUAAGACGCUCCCCGACCUGUGCCGGAAGCCGGAGUUCCUGUCGCCCUUCUGCAGCCUCUUCCCCUUCCAGUCCCUCAAGACGGUCCGACUCAGGCUCAAUCUCACGGAGGAACUGCUGGAGGACAAGAAGUUGGGCGUGCGGCUGCUGUAUCUGGUGCGGGAUCCUCGGGGCACCUUGCA